GAUUCUGUUCUCUUACCCUCUGCCCCCUGCAGAGUUGUGUUUUCUGGGAAUCAGCAAGUAAGAUCACAAGUGGUCUUUUCUUUUUUCACUCCUACCCAUAAAGAAAGCUUUAUCACGUGUGGCCUUAAACUUGCAGCAAAUUGCAAAGAAAUGGCUCAAAGGCUUCAGCUCUUUCCGUGCCCUGGGAGCUGAGAUGCACGUCAGUCGCUUUGCCAGCGUGGCCUGUUUCCUGCAGACUGACAAAGAAAAGAGGCCAGGAGGAAAGAGAAAAGAGAAGGGCUUGGCCAGGGCCUGUGGAGUGUGGUCCAGCCUCUGACUAGGCACAUUGAGAGGAACUGACUGUCUGAUCUCCAUCUCCAGAGACAAGGAACAUUUUCAUAAUGGACCCUACAGCCAAAGAAAAUAUCCAGUUAUUCAACAAAAAUUCAGUGCAGUCUGUUGGGAGGCCUUCUUUUAAAACAGAAUAUCCCUCCUCAGAGGAGAAACAACCCUGCUGUGGUGAACUAAAGGUGUUCUUAGGUGCCUUGUCUUUCGUUUACUUUGCCAAAGCGCUGGCAGAAGGCUAUUUGAAGAGCACCAUCACGCAGAUUGAGAGAAGGUUUGAACUCCCUUCUUCACUGGUGGGAGUUAUUGACGGUAGUUUUGAAAUUGGGAAUCUCUUAGUUAUAACAUUUGUUAGCUACUUUGGAGCCAAACUUCACAGGCCAAAAAUAAUUGGAGCAGGGUGCCUAAUCAUGGGAGUUGGAACAUUGCUCAUUGCAAUGCCUCAGUUCUUCAUGGAGACGUACAAAUAUGAAAGAUAUUCUCCUUUCUCCAAUUCCAGUCUCAGCAUUUCUCCAUGUCUGGAGUCAAACAGUCCAUUACAAAUCUCCGUUAUGGAAAAAUCACAAUCCAAAAUAAAUAAUGAGUGUGAAAUUGAUGCCAGCUCCUCCAUGUGGGUUUAUGUCUUCUUGGGAAACCUUCUUCGUGGAAUUGGUGAAACUCCCAUUCAGCCUCUAGGCAUUGCCUACCUUGACGAUUUUGCCAGUGAGGACAAUGCAGCUUUCUACAUUGGGUGUGUGCAGACGGUUGCAAUUAUAGGACCAAUCUUUGGCUUCCUGUUAGGCUCAUUAUGUGCCAAACUGUAUGUUGACAUUGGCUUUGUCAAUCUAGAUCACAUAACCAUUACCCCAAAGGAUCCACAGUGGGUAGGUGCCUGGUGGCUUGGUUAUCUAAUAGCAGGAAUCAUAAGUCUUCUGGCAGCUGUGCCUUUCUGGUUUUUACCAAAGAGUCUGCCAAGAACCCAGAGCAGAGAGGAUUCCAACUCCUCCUCUGAGAAAUCAAAGUUUAUUAUGGAUGAUCAUACAGACUAUCAAACACCUCUAGGAGAAAAAGCAAAAAUCAUGGAAAUGGCAAAAGAUUUUCUGCCUUCACUGAAGAGUCUUUUUGGAAAUCCAGUUUACUUCUUAUAUUUGUGUGCAAGCACCAUUCAGUUCAAUUCUUUAUUUGGCAUGGUGACUUACAAACCAAAGUACAUUGAGCAACAGUAUGGGCAGUCAUCCUCCAAGGCCAACUUUGUUAUCGGGCUCAUCAACAUACCUGCAGUGGCUCUUGGAAUAUUCUCUGGGGGGAUAGUUAUGAAAAAAUUCAAAAUUGGUGUGUGUGGAGCCUCAAAACUCUAUUUGGGAUCAUCUGUCCUUGGGUACCUCCUAUUCCUUUCUCUGUUUGCACUGGGCUGUGAAAAUUCUGAUGUUGCAGGACUAACUGUCACCUACCAAGGAACCAAACCUGUCUCUUAUCAUGAACGAGCUCUCUUUUCAGAUUGCAACUCAAGAUGCAAAUGUUCAGAGACAAAAUGGGAACCAAUGUGUGGUGAAAAUGGAAUCACAUAUGUAACAGCUUGUCUUGCUGGUUGUCAAACAUCCACUGGGAGUGGAAAGACCACUAUAUUUUACAACUGCACCUGUGUGGGAGCUGCAGCCUCAAAAUCAGGAAAUUCCUCAGGCAUGGUGGGAAGAUGUCAGAAAGAUAAUGGAUGUCCUAGAAUGUUUCUGUAUUUUCUUAUCAUUUCAGUCAUCACGUCCUAUACUUUGUCUCUAGGUGGCAUACCUGGAUACAUAUUGCUUCUGAGGUGCAUUAAGCCACAACUUAAGUCUUUUGCCCUCGGUAUCUACACCUUAGCAGUAAGAGUUCUUGCAGGAAUCCCAUCUCCUGUAUAUUUUGGAGUUUUGAUUGAUACUUCAUGCCUCAAGUGGGGAUUUAAAAGAUGUGGAAGUAGAGGAGCCUGCAGAUUAUAUGACUCAAAUGCUUUCAGACACAUAUAUCUGGGACUAACCAUGAUGCUUGGGAUAAUGUCCAUAUUCCUAAGUAUUGCAGUACUUUUUGCUUUGAAGAAAAAUUAUGUUUCAAAACACAGAAGCUUCAGAACCAAGAGAGAAAGAACCAUGGUGUCUACAAGAAUCAGCAAGGAAAACUGUACUACAAGUGACCAUUUGCUACAACCCAACUAUUGGCCAGGCAAAGAAACUCAGCUCUAGAAAAAUGAUGACUUGAAACUAUAUGUUUUCUAACUUCUGAAAAUUCUGCAAAUUUUAAUCAAAAGGGGUUUGAAUGUGUAAAUUCAUUCUCCUUUCAAAAAAAUGUCUACUUUGUUUUUGAUCCUAGGAAUUAGAUAAUGUACCUGAUAACAAAUAUAAUUAAUCACGUUAUAGAAGAUGUAGAUGGUAAAGUUAAUCUUAAACCAUUUAAUUCAUAAACAACUUCCUUAUAUUAUUUACUCAUUUGGCUUAAUUUUGCUUUGUGCCAUUGAUGUACUAGCUCUACUGCUAGUACUCCAACUGUUGCUAUAGUUUAAUGGCCAUGUGUAAAGUAACUUCUAAAUAGAGGUAUUUGUCUAGGAUAAGAGAGCAUUUUUUUAAAAAUUAAACCACAUCUUGGUCUUCUUCAAAUAUCACCUUAAUGAUAAUAUUAGAAUGGAGUCAGAACAUUUUUCCUACUUUUUUUCUUUUGAAAUAUAAUAAUAUAGAAUGCAUAGUAGAAAUGAUCUUGGGGGAUUAGAAUUUUGGAUUAUUAGCUCUUCUGCAAUUCACUGUAUGUACUUUAUGUGUGAGAUUGUAAGUGACCAUAG